CUAGUCAAAACCUUCCCCCCACUCGGCUGUUGCCGCCCCACUAACCAGCAGGCUGUUCUGAUUCUGGUUGUUUACUCCAAUUCUCGUCGAGCACCUGCGCUUCGAGUUGCUGCACCAAAAACCCAAGGCUACACGCUUGUGGCCGAUUCACGAAACACCUGCCGCGUCAGCUUCUACUGGCUGGACUGGCGAAGGUCUGGCGCGCAGCAGCAGUGCCAAUUGGCCCUCUGCCCUCCUCAGAUAACUGGCGCCAGCAAUCCUCUCCAGUCCCGUCUUCCCUGCAACAACCUCCCCGAUGAUGCCGCCGAAAUGGCAAACCUCCACGCAACCUCGUCUUUAGCCCGCACAAGAUCUUCUCGCCUGCCGCCAAACACUAGCACACUAGGCCCCGGAUCAUCACGGCCUCUCCCAUCAAACAGCGCAAGCUCUGCGACUUUCGCCCCACAGACCACCGCCGCUAAUCCGACCGCCUUGUCUAACGUGUCCUUGUUCCUGACGAACCUACGACUGCUCGACCUCGAUCUGCACCCAGACUGGCCCGGUAUCAGCGCUUUGACCUUCAGCACAAAGGAUGUGGCCCAGGGGCAAAAGAAGCGCAUCCAAUGCAUCGAGUGGGCGCUCUACUUCCUGUUCACGCUAUGGGAUCCCGACGAAGCGAGAAACAAGCUACAGCCCUUCUUCCCGCCUCUCGACCAGGUUCAGUCUCUGAAUCUGCGCGCCGCCCUCCUACGGUGCCUCGAACAGGCCAAGAAGAAUGGCGUUCUAGGCCGUGAUGCCGUCGUCCGGAAGACGAUGCUCGACGAGUGUAAGGGCGAGAGGCUGGAGGAGGUCCUGGCCGUCUUCUCGUCGGCCGUGCUGAAGAAACUGGUCGCUGAACAGCAGCUCAACCAGCCGCAACACCAGCACCCCGCCCUGGCCCAGUCCCUCGCACUUGAAAACCGCGGCUAUUCUAGCGAACGCACUGAGCUCGUCGCCCUCAUUCUAGCCCACAAAGCGUCACUACGGCAGACUCUCGACGGCAAGAACGCGGCGCGAGCCUGGUAUAGCGAUUUCUCAAACCUUCUGGCGUUGAAAGAGAAGUUGCUAUCCUGCAGAAGGGAGCAAGCUGAGACCUUGUUGGCAAAUGAGAAGCACGAGACGGAUAUCUCGGACGAUCUGAAACUGCAGACGUGGCGCACAGUACGGAACAACUGGUCAGGCAGUGAACUUUGGAUGGAGGCACUGCUUUACGGAGACGGCAAUGCACGGAAGGAUGGGCUUCUUUCCACGCCAUUCGACAGAGUAUGGCGGCGCGUGGAGGCGGGAAGACUAACCGAGCUUGAAAACAAGUCGACCGGUCUUGUGCAACAGCUCGAGGACAGAGUAAAGAGCCAGAAAGAACGAUUGGCAAAAUGGCAAACCUUUCGCCAAACGAUGUUCGGAAAGACCGGCACGGAGCCGCCGGCCAGAGAGGCAAGUACGCAGCCAAAGCAAAGGGGUAUUGAUCUGGGGUUCAGGGAGCACGAGAAUCUUCACCUUGGUCGGCUGAGUCCAAGAAAACUGCCACGUAACAAACCGCACGAGCUUCACGGCGAGUACGACGAACUCGUCAAGGGGCUUGAGGCCGAACUGGCGAGAAUAAGCCCCAAUAUUAGCCAAGUCCCGUCCUUCUUCCAGCGACCGAGUGAGAAGAGGGUUCCACGACCAGAUAGCCGUCUGGAGACACAAUACUCUGAGCCAGAGGCCAUCUCCGAGCUUAGCGAUCUCGACGACGAACCUUUGGCCGCAUACCGCGCUCCUCUUUUUCAGGAACCUUCCAGUGAAACAGACAUUAUACGGGAAACGUUCCUGCGGAGAAGCCAGAAGAUUAGCCACGGGCGCUCAUUGUCAAACACCGAGCAACCACCACCACCAUCCCCCCGGCUGCGAAGAUCGGCAACCAUUCAAGCCAAGCAUUCUAUGCUUUCCAGCAGGCGGCCGGCCAACGGGUCUCCGACGAGGAGUCCGGAAAGACGGCCAAGCCCACCGCCGCCGCGGGCAUCGCCCACUCGUUUUGCUAUGCCGCCGCGGACCCCGCCCAUCUCGGCGUCGCCCGAACGUGGAUCCUCCCCCGAGCGUGAUUCCUCGCCCGAGCGCGCCGUGUCCCCGACGCAGCAGCUGGCGAACCUGAUUCUAGCUUCUGUGAAUGCUGCGUCGCCCUCUCCUAUUAAGAAGCCGCGCCACACGCUAUCUCUUGCCGAGCGUACACGCCUGUCUAUGGCGCGCCGUACCUCGCACGCCACUCUUAGGGUGGCUGAGGAGGACGAAGAAGCAGACGAAGAGCCCGAGAUUGAUCGGCUUCCCAUCGAGCGUGCACUCGCGGAGGCGCCGGCCACCCCACAGCCUGCCACGCAGCCUAGCCACGGCAACGAGAAUGGCCACGACGAAGACGAGACAGACGGCUACGAGGACCUGGUCUCGCGCACACGGCGCAGCAUGGCGGGGUUCGAGGCGGCGCGGCAGAAGGCCCAGUUAGAGAGACGACGUUCGCUUCGCAAAUCUAAGCAGGUCUUGCCCGGCCUAGGAGGCGGCGGCCGGAACAGCUACUUCCCGGCCGUGAACGAGGAGGAGAACACGACGCUCGUCCUGACGGAGGAACUGAUCAGCGGGGGUCAAGACUACGAUGAGGUGUUUAUGAGCAGGCCAAAGAUCAAGACCAGCCCGGUUGGGACGCCGAGCAGGGCGGUGUGGGACGAUGAUGACAUGAUAUAAGAUCGCAUGCAAAAGAAAAGUGGCGUUGUAGCAACAGUUUAUCUCUAACCAGUAUAUAGCCCGCUGGGCCGCCGAGUAGCUGACACACGUGAUCUCAAUCAAGAAAAUGAACA